GUAUGUAUUUUGUUUACCCGCUGAUGUUGAACAUUCGUUUCGUGAAAUCACGCACAAAAUGUGGGAUGAUCCGGAACAGUUCAAGUCCACACCGUUUGUGUGGCGAAAGAAGCUAGAAAAACAAGGCUUAAAUGACCUCUCCCGGAAGGAGCUCGAAGUGCUCAAUCGCAGAAAACAACAGGAAAAUGUUAUCGAACUGGAGAAGCUUAAGAAGAGGCGACUGGAGCGCGAACAUCAGCGCCAACAGCGGGAGGACGAUUUGUACCUGAUGCAGCGCUCGAAGGAGGCAAACCAAUUCGAUGAGUGGCAACGGCAGGAGGAAACCUUUCAUCUGGAGCAAGCGAAGCUGAGAAGCAAGAUUCGAAUUCAGGAUGGUCGGGCGAAGCCAAUUGAUCUGCUGGCCCAAUAUAUAUCGGAGCAAAAUCUCGAAGAGUCCAUCGAGAUGCAAAUGCACGAGCCAUACACGUAUCUGAAUGGGCUUAGCUUGGAUGAUUUUGAGGAUUUGUUGGCCGACAUCAGAGUUUACAACGAACUGGAAAAGGGACAGAAUUCCGAUUAUUGGAACGAUUUGACAAUCAUUGUUGAGGAUGAAUUGCAAAAGUUAAGAAAAAUCGAGGCAGAAAAGCAACGAAUGGCUCCAGGAAGGAGAGAAGGCAUCCAUCAGAGUGUUGCCAAAGAUGUGACGCAGAUUUUCAAGGGCAAGAAUUCCUCACAGUUAGAGGAAUUGAAGAAAAAAAUUGAAGAUAAAAUCGAUAGCCGGCAGGAUGGCCUAGAUAUCGGCUACUGGGAAAGUUUAUUGUCUCAGUUGAAAGCUCAUAUGGCUCGAGCUAGACUCAGGGACCGUCAUCAGGAGAAUCUUCGUAAUAAACUAGAGCUGCUUAAGAAGGAACAAGAAAUUAGCGUAAAAACAGAAGAAUCUGAGCUUGAAGCUGGCCCAAGCGGAUCUGGGACAUCGAUCUCAAACAAUUUGGAACCUGCGGAUGAAUCAUCAAAAGAUGGUAGCAGUCAAUCGGAAUCGGAACAAACAAAAGAGGAGAAUUAUGAAAAUGAUUUGCUUACCGAAUGUUUUGAGCUGUAUAAAAAAGCCGGCUACGAGCCCAAAUACAUUUCGGAAUGUGAUCUCGAGUCUGGAAUAGAAAUAAUCUCCGCGGAAAAGGACGAAGAAGAGUUGGAUCUGUUGCGACAAAAAGUGCUCGGCAUUAAUCAGGAAGACGAAUCCUUCUCGAAAGAGGAGAUUGUUCUACGCAAGGAAGCCAAACGUGGCAUGAAUGACGACGAAGCUGAAUUUUCAGUGGAAACGCGGGUCGAUUCUCAAAUCUAUCUCUGGUCCGAUAAAUACAGACCGCGGAAACCCAGAUAUUUCAACAGAGUUCACACCGGAUUCGAGUGGAAUAAAUACAAUCAAACUCACUACGAUAUGGAUAAUCCUCCGCCGAAAAUCGUACAGGGCUACAAAUUCAACAUAUUCUAUCCGGAUCUGAUCAACAAAAAUGCAACACCGCAGUACUUCCUGACACCUUGCUCGGAUAAUAUGGACUUCGCGACGUUGCGUUUCCAUGCUGGGCCACCGUAUGAGGAUAUUGCUUUUAAAAUUGUCAACCGCGAGUGGGAAUUCAGUUACAAACGAGGAUCCGUUGCCAGUUUCAUAAUAAUAUUUUCCAAUUGUGGUUCCACUUCAAGCGGUACCGUUACAGGCGGUAAAAAGUGUGUCAUUUUAUCGUUCUGUGUAUGUGUACUGAAGAUGUUAGAUAAGAUUAGCUAAUAAACCUUUGAGCUGCAUUUUGAACGGAACACUGUCGUUUAAAUUAUGGUUAAGAAAUUAUGAAUAAUAACCGUUGGCGACUGGUUCUUCUUUUUAAAUGACCCUAACGUUUCUAGAGGAACUUCGCCGUCCCAACAUAGUAUUACUUGCGUCAUUUUUAUUAGUACUUAGUUAAGAUUUCUAUGCCAAAUAAAGCGCGAUUCACAUACAAUAUCCACGUCACGUUCACGUUCCGUCACGUAACGGUGCGUCAAUUAUCCUGCCAUGCAUUUCCUAUUGAAACAUUCACAUACACCAGCAACGGCAAAUCGAAGUUGCCAUUGUCGGUGUAUGUGAAUGUUUGCAUAAGAACUGCUUGGAAGAACAAUUGACGCAACGUGAUGGGACGGAACGUGAACGUGACGUAGAUGUUGUAUGCGAAUCGCACUUAACACGCCUCGAAUGUAUUCUGAGUGUCAAGCUCUAGAAUACGCGUGACCACAGUGCAAGUCGGAGGAAAUUUCUUCCACGAAAUAUAUCCCCGACCAGAACGGGAAUCGAACCCGAACCCACGGCAUGUUAGAUAUGACGCUACCCACUCGGCCACGGUCACACCGGUGACUGGUUAGCGAUACCAUAAAAAUUAUGAAAUUGAGAAUUUGGGAAUUAGAGAAAUCUAAAUGGUAAGGGAACUGGGGGGUAAGAUCAGCACCCGUUGAGUUCUACUAGAAAACUCUGAUAAAUUAUGUUUAUGAAUACUGUACAUGUUAGGGGCUGUCCACAUACCACGUGGACAACUUUA